AGCAAAAGUGGUUGCCAAGUCGGGUCAAAUAACUCCGAAACAUGUAAUAAAAGUUCAGAAAAGUAAACCAGUCGUUUCUGGCCGUACUCGUAGAGUUUAUUCAUCACCAAUAAACGUAACACUGACAACAUUAUAUGAAAAUGGCAAACAUCAAGUUGCACAAAAAGUUGAUAAAGACGGAUGUCAAACUGCCGAGGAUAUUUAUGCGAGUUAUGUCUACGAAUAUGAUAUAACAAAUCAGAUAAUGAAUUCUUUACUCGAAGAUCCAAACAGUGAAACAAUAAAACGGAUCAAUACAUUUGCCACCGAUACGUUUGCUGAAGAAUGUUACAGACGAAACCUUAUUGAAUAUGUCAUCGAUGAUGCUCAUUUGGUUCGUAUUAUGGACGUUUCAAAAUUAUACAGGAAUGAACCAACAUCAAGAUUUUAUGUAUCCGUCAAUUGUAGUAAAAAUUUAAUAAGUUUGUUCAUCAAUCGUAAAAGGAAGCGAGUUGAACCUAUAUAG